GAAAACUUAGAAAAAAAAAACAUGUUGAAGCCCCAAAUCAACCAAUCUCACUCACUUCACAACCUAUUGCCACUCCACAAGCCAUUCAUAAGAGGAGGCACCACCUACUCCCCCACUAUCACCCGCCAAUACACAUCCACCAAGACAUUUAACGCCACUCGUGCUCGAUCCACCUCAGGUUUCGGUAACAUUAGAGCCGUAGCGAUUCCCCUUGUUACCAAUGUCACCACCAUCACGGGUGUCAUCACCAUCCAACCAGCCAUUAGCUCUGUCCUUGGUGAUUUUAAACCCGGGGGUUAUACUGAUAAUGUUUCUGAUCUUCGAGCGGGGUCUUUCUCGUUGGAACUAGUUUCUAAUGAUCUUGAUUCAAAUGGAAAACGGAAGAUAGUGUCGGCGAAUGCGACAUACGAUGCAUUGCAUUCUAAAAUUAACGUGUACACGUUUAAAUGCAACUUUGACGUCCCUGACGAUUUUGGGGAAAUAGGAGCUAUCUUGGUGGAAAAUGAGUACGACCAGAAGAUGUUCUUUAAGACCAUUGCUCUUGAUGGCGUUGUUACUUUCACAUGUGAAUCUUGGGUUCAAUCCAAAUCCGAUGUCCCAGAGAAAAGAAUAUUUUUCACAGACAAGUCUUAUCUUCCAUCGGAAACACCAGAGGCACUGAAGCCGUUACGAACGGCAGAUCUGGAAUCGCUCCGAGGUAACCACGAAGGUGAACGUCAACCGUACGAUCGGAUUUACGAUUAUGAUGUAUACGACGAUCUCGGAGAUCCGGAUUCUGAGAUAAGUUUAGCACGGCCGGUGCUCGGUGGCGAGAAACAUCCGUACCCUAGGCGGUGCCGUACUGGUCGCCCUAUGUCUACUAUAGAUCCGUCGACGGAGACCAGAACUAAGGUCCCUUUCUAUGUACCAAGCGAUGAAGAUUUUUCCGAGAUAAAGGAUUUACAGUUUGGAGCAAGGCUUUUGUUCAAUGUGCUCCAUGAAAUUGUACCGGCUUUAGACUCGGUUUAUACAGACAAAGACAAGGGAUUUCCGUUAUUCACAGACAUAGACUUGCUUUAUAAUCAAGGUGUUAAUGUUCCUGCCAAUGAAAAGAUUUCAAGUGAUUUUCCUAGACUUGUAAAAAGAGAUGUUGAUGCUGCACAUGCUAUUAUCCAGUUUCAGACCCCUGAAACCAUUGACAGGGACACGUUCUCUUGGUACCGAGAUGAGGAGUUUUGCCGACAAAUGCUUGCUGGUCUCAACCCUUAUAGCAUACAGUUGGUUACGGAAUGGCCAUUGACGAGUAAGUUGGACCCUGACGUUUACGGACCACCUAAAUCCGCAAUCACCAAGGAGAUUGUAGAGAAAGAGAUAGGAGGUGUCAUGAGUUUUGAUGAGGCUUUAGCACAAAAGAAACUGUUUAUGUUGGAUUACCAUGAUUUGCUCCUACCUUACGUAAACAAAACACGAGAGCUUAAAGGGACAACUCUUUAUGCUUCAAGAACGUUAAUGUUCCUUACGCCCGAGGGAACAUUACGCCCACUAGCCAUUGAGUUGACUCGCCCACCAUUUGGUACGAAACCACAGUGGAAGCAUGUGUACACACCCACUUGGAAUGCGACCGGUGCCUGGCUCUGGAAGCUAGCCAAGGCCCAAGUCCUUUCCCAUGAUUCGGCUUAUCACGAACUUGUUAGCCAUUGGCUAAGAACACAUUGUGUUACAGAGCCUUACAUAAUUGCCACCAACCGCCAUCUUAGCCAAAUGCAUCCUAUUAAACGACUACUUCUCCCUAGUUUCCGUUACACGAUGCAAAUCAAUUCUCUCGCUCGAUUAGCUCUCAUUAAUGCUGGUGGUGUCAUAGAGUCAACGUUUUCUCCUGGAAGAUAUUGUAUGCAAAUUUGUUCUGAUGCGUAUGAUCAGCUAUGGCGUUUUGAUCACGAGGCUCUUCCAGCUGACCUUAUUAGCAGGGGUAUGGCGGUUGAAGAUUCAACUGCACCACACGGUGUGAAACUAACAAUCGAGGAUUACCCAUUUGCGAAUGAUGGUCUACUUAUUUAUGAUGCCAUCAAACAAUGGGCUGCUUCUUAUGUCAACUACUACUACCCGCAAGCAAAUCUUGUGGAAUCUGACGAAGAGCUGCAAGCAUGGUGGAAUGAAAUCCGUACAGUUGGUCAUGGAGACAAGAAAGACGAACCAUGGUGGCCACAACUCAAAACCCAAGACGAUCUAAUAGGAAUCGUUUCAACCAUCAUGUGGGUGAGUUCUGGUCACCAUUCAGCGGUCAACUUUGGUCAAUACGACUUUGCUGGUUACUUCCCCAACAGGCCAACAAUGGCGAGACUUAAAAUGCCUAACGAAGACCCCACAGACGAAGAAUGGCAGUCGUUUAUAAAACGUCCCGAGGAUGUGUUAUUGAGUUGUUUCCCAUCCCAAAUCCAAGCUACGAAAGUAAUGGCGGUUUUAGAUGUUUUAUCUAGUCAUUCACCGGAUGAGGAGUAUAUUGGUGGAACCAUUGAGCCAGCAUGGGCUGCGGAACCUGCUAUAAAUGCAGCGUUUUUGGAGUUUCAAGAAACGCUAAACCAGCUGGAAAGCAUUAUAGACUCGAGAAACAAUGAUCCGCUUUUAACAAACCGAAGUGGUGCAGGGUUGGUUCCGUACCAAAUCAUGAAGCCGUGUUCUGAUAGAGGUGUGACCGGGAAAGGUGUUCCAAACAGCAUAUCCAUCUAAUUGGUUUGGUUUGGUUCGGUUCGGUUCAGUUCGGCUCCUUGUCAGUUAUGCUCGAGUAAUGGUUUGUGUGGUAAUAAGGUCAUUAUCCAUGGUUUAGUUUUGUUUUAUUUUGAUAUGGAAUAAGUUCAUUUCGUGUAACACUGCUCGAAAAUUGUAAUUUAGCCGCCCCCUCCCACUCCUUAGAAGCUUC